AUGGCAAGUUGCAGUCACGAAGUACCACCAUUGAAAUUCAUCGCUACACGGUUUAUUGCGCUCACAGUAUUCCAGACUAAUGUCCAUUGGAGAAAACUGAAUGAAGUUAUUCAAAUUAUUCGGAAAUGGCUACAAGAAGUAACUUUACCAGCACUAGUGAAAAAGCAGCUGCUAUAUGGUUUGAGUAAUAUUUAUCGUGAAAUUGAGCGCUGGAAUGAAAAACAUGCAGAAUUAUUUGUUGAAGAGAAAAAGAAUGAAAACAAUCAGCGUCAUCUUUUUCGGGCACAUCGCAAAGAUCAUUUACGCUUAUUUUAUGGUAGCAUCAUUUGGAAACAAAAUAAGUAUGAAAUUGAUGAUCGGAAAACCGCUCUAAGAAUUAUUUCAAUUGAUUGUGCUGAUUGGCCGCAAAUGCAGUUCCAAUUAGCCUGCGCAUAUGCCAUCCACCACUUAUUGCAUGGACAAAAUUUUGAUAAAAUCCGAUUGAGAGCAUUUGAAAAAAAAUUGUCUGGUCACUGUUUGUAUGAUUUUUGGUUCGCCUUACUUAGCGGUACAACGCGUGCUUGGGAAAAAAUGUUUGAGACCGAUGGAUUGGCUCCGAAACAAACAUUAUCACUAGCUUUUCAAUUUUCAAUUGUACAUGGUUAUUUUGAGCUUGUUAGUUUUAUAUGGAAUCAAAUCACAGACCCCCAAAGGGAAUUUAUCGGAUUUUUGCAAUGGCGACGCGUUUGUUUCAAAGCAAGACAUCGUGAAGUUCUUCAUUUUCUUUGCGAACAACUCUGUGCUAUUAAUGCUAGUGGUCUUGCUCGGAUUACCUGGAAUACUUUCUAUCAAACACUUCAGAAUUCGCUUCAGGUAAAUGAUAUGAGAUUUCGCGAAGAUGCUGUGCUAAAGCUGGCAUUUCUCCUAGAAAAUUGUUGUCCACGUCUUUGUAAUGCGAUCUUAUCCAUGGAAAAUUUCAAGGCUGUUACAGAAGCGUUCAUAUAUGAUCAACAUGACGUUUUCACACUGUUCCUGGAAUAUCUCGGACCUGAACAAAUAAAAAUGACGCGUGAACAGAUUGACCGUAUACAAGGCAUCAAGAAAAGUGGAAUACUGCAGAUGCAACGAAUUUUGUCACACCAAUAA